GAGCAGAAGCGUAUUGCCGCAUGCUUGGCAGUUGGAUCAUGAACGUCACGCCGAUUGACCGUAUUUUCGCUGGUUCAUCAAGUUGACCAAUUGCGAACUCGUUAUUCGGGCCAAUUUUUUUCUCCAGGAAUAUAUUGAUGAAAAAUUUGUAAUUUUUUCCCCAGUGUAUUAAUCACUUUUUUCGAAGGCGAUUUUAUACCAAAUAUUUUCCGAGUGUUAUUCUUUCAGACGUUGUUUUUUUUUGGAAGAACAAAAUGAUUCGCGCGAUUAACUUUUUUAAUUAUAAAAUCGACGUUGUUUUCAAGCUUCGUUAAUUAAAAUGGAUUGAAAAUUUGACUCGUUUUAUCAUUACCGAUGUGCCCUUAUGAUAACGAACAGCGUGUUGAAUGUAAUAAUAGCGUUGCAAAAGGUUGUAAAUGGGAUUAGCAUACGGUAAAUGCGGAGUACAUUGCAAUGGGCGUCGCUUCGAACGCGACAACAACCGCUGUCAUAUUAUCAGAAAGUUUUACUAGGUUGGGCCCAACUCCGACUACUCUCAGCGAUCGUGAAAGAGUCAGGAUGGAAUUCUAUCAAACCUACGAUGUUAUGACUGGCAUUCGAAUAGCAGCCACUUUAGGAGGAUUUUUCGCCCUAAUGGUAUUACUCGUAGUAUACAAAAGUAAAUGCAAACCUCGACCCGAUGAAACUCUGGAGGCAGCUAUCACAACAGCUAUAGCAGAAGAGGAAGAGUUAGAAGCGGUACUGAAUCAAGCCAAGUUUGACUAUUGCAUUCGAAGUCCUCGACAGUCAUUAGGCAACAUGAGCGCUCCAGCAUACACUAGAUUUUUAUCCGUUGGAGGAUAUGGAAGUUUAAUGAAUCCACCCACUAGACGAUAUGAAAGGGGUACUCGGGGACGAGUAAGUCUUCCAGCAUCGGAUGCUUCAUUUAGAUACUUCAAUUCUUCAGCUUCGAGUAGUCAAGAUCGGAGGUCUUCGCAAAUGUGGAAAUCUUACGACGAGGAGGAAGAAAACGAUUUAGAAGAGAUCGAAGAAAGCGACGAUUUCAACGAAACGAAAUUCUUAGCUAUUCCAAGCACACGUCGUAAAAUAAGCGUCGAACUUAGUCCAAAUUUAAAUUUAGAAAGAAAAGGUUCAUGUUCCAGGGUCGAAUUCUUAGCGAGAAUGAACAGAAACGCGCAAAUGCCAGCGAAAAAAUUUAAUUCUAUAAAUAUAAAAGUAAUUCAACCUACGCCUCAGAUCUCGCCCAGUGAAAGUAGUUCGGGCCUUCAAGAAGAUAAUCAUUUUUCCGAGCACGUACCACGUAUAGAAGGUAAACUGGCACCUUUAGCGUCCAUCGGAAGCUGCAGCGCUUUCAGCUCUAUAGAAUCGGAGAAUAGAUCUAUGGGUUCGGAUUCGGUUUUCAUAACAUCGGAAAAUGUCGAAGAAGACGAUACAGAUAAAGAAUUCAACGAAGAAGACCUAUCGUCGGCUAAAAGCGACCAAGACUGUACGAAUAAAAAAUAUCGCAUAGUUCCAACCACCAAUAGUUGUUUUGUGAUCUCGGGUAAUCCGCUUUUCAAUUCGACCAGAAGGUUUUCCGAUUCCAAUAUGCAGAGUUUCGAUAACCUUAAAAAUACCCCUUUGCCUAUCGUUACGAACCUAAUGCAGGCAAAUAAUCAAACCAUUACUAGCGUUUGUAAUAAAAGUUGUAGCAGUAGCAGCAGUAGUACUAGUUUAUCGAGUAAUUUUUGUAGCAGUAAUUCUACCAAUAAUUCCGAUAUACGUAAGAAAGGUAUUUUUUCAAGGAUCGCCAUUAUUGAUACUAGUUCUCCUAAAAAGACUGAUAAAAUAAUUAAAAUGAAGAAAAGACUUUUAAGUAAAUCCGUGCCGAUGACCAUGAAUACGUUUAAAGAUCGUCCAACGCAGUCUACCAGUGAAAAUUUAAAAACUUUAUCGUUAACGAAUUUCGUCGAUACUGAUUUAUGGACGCAGGAAACAUUGUUUUAAACAAUUCGAUGAUUCUUAAAAAAAAUGUUUUACCUACUAAUAGUCGUGAAUUUCUUUUCCUUAUUUGUUAAGAAAUAGAUAGCCUAGGUGAUUACCUAUCCUGUUUGACAAAUAUGUACCUACUUACUCGAUAGAGAAAAUAGGAAUUUAUUCCAAGUGAUAAAUAAGCACAUAUUAUUGAAAGCUCUGUACUAAAUGUUUAUUUUCAACUUGUAAAUUUAUCCCUAUAUUCUGUAAGCAAAUUUUGCUAUUCAAGGCAUGUUUGAAAAUUUUCUGUAAUAAUUCUUGUAAAGCAAUAUAAACCGUAAAAUCUCUCCCAGACAAGGACAAAUUUAACUGGAGCCAACGAAACAGCAAAAAUAUAAUUUUAUUACCGUACUACUAUAAAUUGCUGAUAUUUUCUAACGAAUCGUAGGAAAUAAUAUUCUAAAAAGCCAUUGGUAACUGGAUUAUAAUAAGAUGAUGAGCUUAAUAAUCAAUACCAUCGCAAUUUCACAACUUUUCUCGAUUUGCCUUCCGUAAAUAGAUACUUCUUUGUUUGUCUUCAAUUUUUUUUUUUUUUUUUUUUUUUUUU